AGAAAUAGCAAUGUUGUUGCGAUAAUCGUCAAAGAAAGAAUUAAGAAAGUAAUCAAAGAGAGAAAUUAGAGAAUGGAACAAGAGAGAAAUAGUGAAACAAUUGGUAAUGAAGUAGAAGAAGAAGAAGAAGAAGAAGAGGAGGAGGAGGAGGAGGAAGAAGAAGAAGUGAUAUUUCCGCUUCCAGGGUUUAGGUUUCAUCCAACAGAUGAAGAACUUGUUGGAUUUUACUUGAAAAGAAAGGUUCAAAAUAACUCUAUUUCAACGGAACUCAUAAGGCAACUAGACAUCUACAAAUACGAUCCAUGGGAUCUUCCAAAGCUAGCAUGGACAGGAGAGAAGGAAUGGUAUUUUUACUGCCAAAGAGAUAGAAAAUACAGAAAUAGUGCAAGACCAAACAGAGUGACAUCAGUUGGGUUUUGGAAAGCUACAGGAACUGAUCGUCCUAUUUAUUCAAAUUCCAAAUCCAAAAGCAUUAUUAUUGGUUUGAAGAAAUCUCUUGUGUUCUACACUGGCAGAGCUUGUAAAGCCAUCAAAACUGACUGGAUGAUGCACGAGUUUCGCCUUCCCCAUUCACCACCAAAUGAGUCAUGGGUGAUAUGUCGAAUCUUCAAAAAGACCAACAUUUCCGCAGCUCAAAGAGCUGCUUCUUCUUCCCUACCAAAACAACAUGAAACAAUGAAAGAAAAACCCACCACCACCAUUGAUAUUCCACUAUCUACCUAUGAUCCAUUUCAUUAUUUCGAAGCAAAACUUCCUGACCUUUCUGUUCCAAGUGAGCCCUUUAUAAUGGCCCCUCCUCCCAUGGAAAUGUCCGACAUUGCAAAAUCCGCUAUCGAUGUUUCCUCCAUCCUCUUCAAUAUAUCCUCUUCCUUGCUUGAAGACAACUCCAACGACCCUUUCACACCAUUAUUUCACCCUCCCGGUCAUGUUCAUCCUCACCCUCACACCUUUUCUUCCAUCUCCACUUUACUACAUCAAGAAAAUGCAUCGUUGGUAGAGUAUUCACAUUGCCCCAACUCACCAUUGAGUUCCAUGUGGAAUAAGUUGAUGAAUUAACUGCGUAUCUGAUUAUGGGAAAAUUUUUAGUACUACAAUAGUAUCGUAUUACUUCUUCUUUCGAACAAGUACUAUGUAGUACUCAAAAUUUUCUCAUUUGAUUGCUUUGUUUCAUUUUGUUGUUGAAAUUCAAUAUGUUUUUUCUUCU